AAAAACAUAAGAGAAACCUGCUUAUAAGGCAACGCUUGGGAUUGAGACAAUUCAAUAGCUCAUUUCGGAUUGGCGAAGCUAGUUUCGCAGACAACGGAUAGACAGAGAAUGAGACACCGAAAUUUCAUCGGCUUGAUAGCCAUCAUCGGUUUCGCGAAUGCGUUACCCAACGGAUUUCAAUCGAGUGCCUAUCCGCAAAACCAGUUGAACGCAUGGGAUCAGGCCUGCCGCAGCUUCCAGCAGUUUUCGUUGCAAUCACAGGCAGCUCAGAGCCAAUACUUUUCGCAGCAUUUCCCGUCGAUUGGUUUACCGCCGCUACCUUUUGUUGAUGUAUGUUCUCAAUUCAACGGAGUCGCCGGAGGUGCCGGCUUCAGUCAAGCUGGGGCCGGUGCUGCUGCGGGUUCCUCGGGAUCCGCUACUGGUAAUCGCUUCGGUGGAGGAGGCGGCGGCGGCGCCGGCGUCUUUCAAGGUGUUAGUGUCAGUACGGGCUCAUUCCCUGGUGGUGGACAUUCAGGAUUUGCAACUAAUAAUCGUUUUGGUGGCAGCGAUGGCGGAGGUUUUCAGGGAGUUAGUGUGAGUUCCAACAAUUUACCCGGUACGGGAACGGUGGUGUCCCAAUUCGGACCUGGUGGCUCAACCGUCACUCACUAUCCAAAUGGGGGAGGAUUCGCAACGGCCAACAGAUUCGGUGGGUCUAAUGGAAACUAUGGAGGAGCAACUUUCAGUUCAUUUGGAGGAUUCCCGGGCGGAAGUGGAGGUUUUGCAUCGACCAGCCGAUUCGGAGGAAACGGGGCGAAUGCGUUCGGUUCUGUUCCGUCGAAUGGAGGCAGUUUUGCCAGCGCAACCCGCUUUGGAGACGAUGGUGCCAAUGUCUAUACGGCUCAAGGACCACAUGGAGCCGGUGUGAGCGUUUCCAGCACCAACGACGGACGUGGUAAUGUGCGUACCCAGGUGAACAAGCAUCAGUACUGAGUUCAUGACCAUUUUGAAUAAUAUCUAUUAAGUUAUUGCCUAUGCAUGGAUACAAAUAAAAAUCAUUUACAAACCACA